AUGUUCCCCAAUAGUAGUGCUCCUACUUUUAGUACGAGACAGUUUCCUAACUCAACUAUAAAUAAUGCAAGUAAUACCGCAAGUAAUACUGCAAAUCAUUCUGCAAACAACAAUGCAAAUAGUAAAGCAAAUAUAAAUAUAAAUAAUAAUAAUAAUAAUAAUAAUAAUAAUAAUAAUAAUAAUAAUAAUAAUAAUAACAAUAAUACUCAUAGUAAUAUUAAUGCAAAUACUAACACAAGUACCAAUACAAACACAAGCAACUCAAGCACAAGUACUACGACCAGUACUCCAAACCAUUCCACUUCGAACUCGUCCAAGCCAAAACGAAAACGUAAUAGAAUCCCCCUGAGUUGUACGAUUUGUAGGAAAAGAAAAGUAAAAUGUGACAAGAAAAGGCCUCAUUGUAAUCAGUGUACAAAGACUGGUGUAUCUCACUUGUGUCAUUACAUGGAACAAACAUGGGCAGAAGAAGCUGAGCGUGAUCUCUUGAAAGAACUAGAGUUAAAGAAAUUGAAAGAUCAUGUCAAAUCCCUAGAAGACCAACUGGCAAAAUUGCACUCUACCAUCACGACAACAAAGACGGUAUCACCGAAACUAACUCCUGCUCCUUCGGCUCAUUCAAACGACGAGUUAGAUUUGACUAGAAACUUCGAUAUGCUUCACUUGAAAAGCAACGGGACAAUCCAUCUGGGUCCCACCCACUGGUUGGCUAUUAUGAAAGGUGAUCCAUAUUUGAAAUUGAUUUGGAAACAAAUCUUUGUAAUAAGAGAACGCUAUACUAAAUACCUUCAUUCAUCUCACCCUGCAGUGCCUCCUUUGCCUGCACCUGCAUCUGUACCUACUCCUACUUCUGUACCUACACCGGCGCCUGCUCCUACUUCUGCUUCUUCUAUUUUACCAUACAACGCUCUUCCUUUACCGGAAAGAAAUUCAACAACGCAAUUAAAUUUACCUAGACCAACAGCAACACCUUCGGCUACCACGACUACCGCUACUACUACUACUAAUAAUAAUAAUAAUAACACAACCACAACCACAACUACAACUACAACUGCCAAUGGUACUACCGCCAAUACCACCACCACAAACACUGCCCCACCACAGCCCCCUAUAUUGCGUUGCCCUGUCACUGGUUUGACUUCUGCAAAUAACCCUCAUUUAGCAAUGCCUCCAUUACCACCGACAAAGAAAUUAACUACUCAAAACAAAAAAGUUUUCCAAGGUAUGCCACAACUAACAAACGACCAAAUCAUUAAAAAGAUUUGUGCUCUCUUACCGCCAAAACACAUCAUUAUUCAAUUGGUAGACCUAUUCUUCGAUCACUUGUACCCGGUUAUACCAAUCAUCGAUGAACUUUCUUUCAAAUCUAACAUCUCAUCGAUUUGUAAUUUUAAACAUUGGAAUACCCCUCAGGCUGGCCCUCCUCCUGCUACAUCUGCACACCCUUCUUCUCCUUCUCCAAAUUCUCCUUCGCCUGCUGCCAUUUCUAUGGAAAAAUUGAAGAAAUUAUCUUUUAAUAAAAUUAAAGAUUAUUCAAUUUUUGGCAUUCUCGUCAUUAUUCUUCGUUUAACCUGGCUAUCCUUACCUUGUAAUAGAUUCAAAAAUUUAAAUUUCCAUAAUCUGAAAUUACCUUCUAUUCAGUUACAUUCUGUGUCACCAUCUAUGCAGAGCUCUUCUUCUACUUCUUCCUUCUCUUCUAUUUCAUCUUCAACUCCUUCUUCUUCAAAUUCUUCUACUCCAUUAAAUGAUGAUUCAGAUUUGUUAAGAUAUGAAAUCCCAUUAGAAGUAUUAGACUUGGUACGGAAAAAUUUGAUCAAAUUCGAUGAAUUGUCAACUACUUCAAAUUCAAACGUAAAUUUGACGACAAUCCAAUUUGCAAUCUUCUACAAGAUUUAUCUCACAUGCUGUCCAGCUACUCCAUCUCCAAACCCAGCAAAUACUCAAGAUAACGAAUCUCAUCAAUUACUCUUAGCAAGUAUCACUCAAAUGGCUUUUUCAUGUGGGUUACAUAGAGAUCCAGAUAAUUUCCCUCAAUUGAAUACUUUAUCUCAAAAUAAUUCCUCUGCUUCUUCUCAUCAACACAAUUCUUCACCUUCCACUGAGAGGUUUAAACAUACUUGGAGAAAAACUUGGUAUUUCAUUGUCUCAUUAGAUAUCAAUCAAUCCCUCUUGUUGGGUACUCCUCGUCUAUUAAGAAACUUAUCAGAUAUCAGUGAUACAAAAUUGCCUUCCCAUUCAAAGAUUGAUUAUAUUCAUGAUAUUAAAGAACUUAUUAUUGUAAAGAAUUUCACUUUGUUUUUCCAAAUUGAUUUGAUUAUCAUUGCUGUAUUAAAUCAUAUCCUGAACGUUUCUGUUUCUAAAAAUGUUCGGAAGUUCGAAUUAGAUCAUUUGAUACUUUCAUUGAAUAAUUUAACAAAUAAUAACAUUAAUAUUAAUGAUAUCAUUAACGAUUUGAUUCAUUCAGGUUUAUUAUUCACCACAGAGGGGAAAGUAGAUACCACAAAUUUCGAUGAUUCAUAUAAUUUACCACCAAUGGAAGAAUUAUUACAUCUAUAUACUAAAUCACAUUCUGAUCCAAAUGAUAAAAAAUUUGAAAUGCCUUUUGAAUCCACCAUUAAAGCAUUAUUUUUUGAUAAGCAUUUAACAAUUAGAAUGUUAUUAUAUCUUUUGAAUUAUAUCUUAUUCACAUUUUAUGAGCCGAAGGGUAAUGAAGACCCAAAUACAAUCGUAUUAGCAAAAGAAUAUGCUCAACAAACUUUGAAUUUUGCCAUGGAAGGCUAUAAGAAUUGUUUGUCAUUUUUAUUGAAUUUAAACAAAAUCAAUUCAACUCAUAAUUUUAUUUUCAAUUAUAUGGAAUUGAUAUUAAUGCCAAAUUGUUUAAAUAUAGGGAAUAGAUCGUUACAAUUCAUUGUUUGUCUUUUAUUAAGAAUAAAAUGUGGUCCAAUUAAUGGUACUUAUGAUUACAACGUUUUCUCUUCCACUUCAGGUAGUUCAAAUAAUAAUACAAGUGAUGAUGAUGAAUCUCAUUCACAUCAAUCAAACUCUUUGGUUAAUGAAAAUGAUGAUACAAUAUUCAUCAAUAAGAUAGAUCUAAUAGAGGAAGACUCACUUGUUCUUUCGAAAAAAUUAACGAAUAGAAUGAAUUUGUUUUUCGAUUUAACAAAACAAAUCUCAAAAAAAUACUUGUAUGCUACUAAACUAAUGAAAUCAACAAGAUUCUUCAUCACUCUUUUAAAACCUAAUGACCCAACUACAAAUUUAAAUCCAAAGAGAUUUCCUCAUAAUAAGUUACAGAAUACUUCAUACCAUAAGAAUGUAAAUUUACCAAAUUUCUUUAAAAAGAUUCCUUUCUUUAUGAUGAAUGCAAAUUCAGAAAGUAUUAAAAAAUGUCCAGUAUAUCAAGAUGCUUUGGGGAUGUUUAAUCCAAUAGACUCAGCUACUCCAUCAUCAAAUAACUCUUCCAUUUCUACUUCGAAUUCAUCAAAUUAUACUACUGCGCCUUCAAAAUUAAAUAAUUCCCUCAAUUAUACCAAACUUCCGCCUAUUAGAUCAUAUAAACCAAUCACGAUUUUUAAUUCAAAAUCACCUACUCCUUCUCAAGACGCACAAAAUUCUACAAAGAGACGUCGUUUAAAUGAAGAUGAGACUUCAAACGAUCCAAUCGUGAAAAAGGAACAAAAUUUAGAAUUAUCUUCACAAAAUUUGGAAACUAAUACAACCACAUUACCAUCUUUGCAAGAACAGAUGACUCCAGAUAUUACAAACUUACCACCGGCAGCAACCACUACCAAUAAGAAUUCAUUACUUACGUUUGAUGAUUUUAAUAGGCUAAACGGUUCUUUAACACCUAUCCCACUUCCAAAUUCAACAAACCCUCCACCUCAGCAGUUACCAAACCAAAACCAAUUCUUCAUUAAUAAUAAUGCCUCAAAUGCAAACACAACUGCAUCUAAUAGUACUAAUUGGACUCCAAAUCCAAAUAAUUUUGACUCCAAUUUUACAAAUACUCCAACCUCAAACAUGAACAAUACAAAUAAUAUGAAUAAUAACUUCAUCCCUGAUUUUGAAGAUUUCCUGCUACAAAAUUCUAAUUUGAACGGGUUAGUCAUUAACCCAUCAAGUAUUGCAGAAGCUGUGGGAUUUGGUAAUAUAGAUUCAGAUAAUUCUUCGAAUAGAAAUGACGCUACAGAUUUCUUACCAAUAGAUAAUACAAAUAAUAUUGGCGGACUACAAGAUUUCUCAAAUAAUGAUUUUUUUGUCUGGGAAUAA